CAAGGACACCACCGACCAGCUGGGUUAUCAAUGCCGAAAAAAAUGCCACCCUGCGUCCGUAUUUGUCUGACAUUCCACCGAAAAUCAUCGAUCCCAGCAUCACUCCGACCAUGAAAAGCGAAUCUCCGAGGGCUCGGAGCCAAGCUUUGUCGCAAACCAGAUUCCACUGGAAGAAAAUAUCGGUAAACUGUAAUUUCUAGCUGCUGCUGAAUCCAUUCCAAGAACUUGAGUGAACCGAAGGUUUGAACGAGAGUGCCUCACAGAAGACACGUUGUUUUAUGGAUCAUGUGAAAACACAUGAUCUUUCUUCGGCGUACGGACCAGAGAGAGAUGGCUGCAGCAGCAGCAUUAGGUGUGGAUCCGUGGGUGAUCCAGCCACGGGAACGUGCUCGGUACCAGGAACAGUUCAAUUCUCUCAAGCCAGUAAAUGGAAUUGUUACGGGAGAUCAAGUAAAGGGCUUCCUUCUUCAAUCCCAGUUGCCACCGCCGAUUUUGGGGAAAAUAUGGGGGCUGUCGGAUACGGAUGCAGAUGGAAAGAUGGAUCUGAACGAAUUCAGUAUUGCCUGUAAGCUGAUCAACCUAAAGUUACGGGGAUUCGAAAUUCCAAAUGCCCUUCCACCAAGUCUGAUACGCAGUCUGAAAGUCAUCCCAAAUGAUGGGGACAUGGUUAAUCUAGUGAAUGGUGGUAACAUAAAUGGGGUUACAACUGCACAACCUUUAGGACUAGGUUCUGUACCUGGAGGCAUGAUGCAACCUCUCACAGGCUUAAAUGGAUCCGCAUCACAACCAAUGCAACCCCUUCCGCCCAUGUCGAUGCCAAUGGCCUCACACCAGAAUAAACCGAGCGUGGCUCCUGGCACACACAUCACUAGUUAUGCAACAUCAAAACCUCCCGCUCGACCUGCACCCCCUUCCAUGGCGCCACUUCUUGAUUUAUCUUUUGAUUCCGCUCCACCACUGACACCUAUGCGAUCAGCACAUUUAUUUCUUCCGGGCACAGUGCCAUUGAUGCGAGGUCCCCCGCCCAAACCUGCCCCUCCAUCUUUUCCAAACAGCCCAGUCAACGUGGGAAUGUCGCCAACUGUAGCUCCUAUCAUUCCUCCUAUUCAACAAGUGCAAUCCAUGACCACGGCUGCACCAAUGGACUUGUUCGAGUUUGAUUUCUCAGAAGGUAUUCCAUCCGUUGCACCUAUCGCGCCUCUUAACACAAAUCCAGCACCAAUUGCUGCUUUUGGAAUGGGCGGUGUAAUGCCUAUACAACCAGCCAUGUUACCUCCAACAAUGGCACCUCUCCCACCGAUGUCCACAGGUAUCCCAAUCGCUAAUAUUCCUCCAGCAUCAGUACAGCCGCUCAUAGGAAACGUACCAGUGGCACCUAUUGUUGCGCCAUCAGUAAAUGGCAACCAUACCCCUGUAUCAACUAGUUCCCCAAUGAGCACGACAACCCGCCCACCUAGCAUAGACAGAGUUGGUUCAAUGGACUCUCAACACAGUCAGCAUUCGAUUGGGUCUCCACAAGUCGAAUGGGCAGUACCCCAUCAAACUAAAUUGAAAUAUACUCAGUUAUUUAACACAUGGGAUCGAACCAGAUCUGGCUUUUUGUCUGGACCACAAGCAAGAAAUAUUAUGGUUCAAACCCAACUGCCGCAAGCCAUUCUUGCUCAAGUAUGGGCUCUGUCAGACAUGGAUGUUGAUGGUAGAUUGGGAUGUGAAGAGUUUGUGCUAGCCAUGCAUUUGUGCGAUAUGGCUAAGGCUGGAGAAAAAAUACCCACAACUUUACCAAUUCAUCUUAUUCCACCAGCAUUCAGACGCCAAAGACAAGGCAGCAUCACGUCACAAGGAAUAGUAGAAAAUAUCGAUCCAUCUGCAGGCAUGCCUCAGACAUCAUUUGAGAACAAAAGAAAAGAAAACUUUGAAAAGGGCCAGGCAGAACUUGAACGUAGACGCAAAACUCUAUUAGAGAUCCAGCGAAAAGAACAGGAAGAACGAGAACGCAAAGAAAGAGAAGAGGCAGAAAAACAAGAAAAAAUAAGAUUGGAGCAAGAGAGACGACGACAGGCUGAAAUCGAAAAGCAAAUGCUUAGACAGAAGGAAAUUGAACAAGAAAAGGAAGAACAGAGAAAAAGAGCACAGGAACAGCGAGAUUCUGCACGGAAAGAAAUGGAAAGACAACGGCAAUUAGAGUGGGAAAAACAAAAGUCUCAAGAACUACAGGCACAAAGGCAGAAAGAACAAGAUAUACUUCUAAAACUUAAAGCUAAAAAUCAAGGCCUCACAAUUGAGUUGGGUACUUUGAAUGAAAAAGUAAAAGAGCUGUCACAAAAAAUAUGUGACACUCGGUUCGGUGUUUCUGGCGUGAAAACUACCAUCGAUGGUAUGCGCUCUACUCGUGAUACUCAACUCCAGGAGAUGUCUGCAUUGAAAAAUAAGCUCCGUGAACAAAAUCAGAGAUUGCUUUCCUUAAGCCAGGAGAAAGCCAGAAUCGAAGCUAAAAAUAAAUUAAACAAUGCACAGGAUAUUGCUGGGCAGGAGGCAGUAAAAAUGGCUUUUGCUAACAAACAAAUUACUCUGAAACAAAUGAAAGAUAAAAUCGCCGACCUGCAACAACAGAUAAAUGAGAAAAUGAAAGAUAUUGAAAAUAAUAAUAGCCAACUCGACGAUAUAAAGAAGCAGAUGAAAAAUCUCGUUACCGAAUGUGGGCAACUUUACCACAAUUUUGAAGAUAAAAAAUCGAAAGUGAAUGAAUUGCGAGCUGGUAGCGGCACGGGAGAGUUUGCUUCGUCUGCUUGGGGAGAUAGUGCAUGGGGUGAUUCAGGGACAGUAAAUACCGAUUCUUGGCCAGUAGAUAAUACCUCAACCUCACAUGCGACAAUUACCGGGGAUAGUACUGGCGCGGUGAAAUACAGAGCUUUGUAUGAAUUUGUGGCAAGAAAUCAGGAUGAAAUAUCCUUCCAGCCUGGUGACAUAAUCAUGGUACCACCAGUCCAGAACGCAGAACCAGGAUGGAUGGCUGGCGAAAUACGAGGCCAUACUGGUUGGUUCCCAGAGUCUUACGUUGAGCCAGUAGAAGUUGAUACUGUGAUUUCGAACAGUGACACUUUCGUCCAACAAGACAGUAUUGAAAAGCGAACCCUGGAAGGAAUUGCGGAAGUUCCUGAAAAUGUAUCAGAUGCUGGAUCACUUGGUGGUGAAGGCCCAGCUGUGGAUCCCAUUAUUCCCACCUUAGGUUUAGGGUCCGUUUGUAAUCUUCAAGCUACUGCAUUGUAUCAGUACCGACCCAUCAUCCAACAACAUCUCUCUUUCAAUAAAGGGGAUACGAUUAAUGUUACCGAACAACAGGAAAAUUGGUGGUACGGUGAACUUAAUGGUGCGGAAGGCUGGUUUCCCAAAUCGUACAUCAAAACUAUCACGCCGACUAGAACAGAUGUGUCAUUGUCAACUGGUACGCUUGAUGAAUAUUACAUCGCGUUGUAUCCUUAUGCAUCAACCGAGACCGGAGAUCUUAGUUUCAACCAGGGGGAGAUAAUGAUGGUAACUAAAAAGGAGGGGGAUUGGUGGACGGGCGUUAUUGGCGAUCGUGUUGGAAUUUUUCCAUCAAAUUAUGUUGAAAAGUGUGAUAAUCCAGAUCAGACUGCAAUUGCACCUGCUAACAUUCCUGAAGUAAACUCGUCGACGCCAAUCGUGGAAGCGAUUUUGCCAACAAAUGUCAAUGAAAAACCUGUGGAACAAGCUGUUACCAUAACUUCCAACUCAGCUCAAGGAACACCGCUACAGGAAAAAACGAAGGAAGAACUUGAAGAAGAGAGGGCUGAGGCUGAAGACAGGGCGGAGCUGCCAGAUUUUGCUGCAAUGUCAGCACAACAGUCCGAGGACUUUGGCAGCGACACUGACUCCAAGCCGUCCACGCCGCAGUACCCUAAGGCAAGAGGUAAAAAACCUGAAAUUGGACAAGUUAUUGCACCAUAUCAAGCUACUAGUCCUGAACAAUUAAAUCUACAUAGAGGACAACUUAUAAUGAUUCGCAAGAAAACUGAAACCGGCUGGUGGGAAGGAGAACUACAGGCUCGUGGUCAAAAAAGACAAAUUGGUUGGUUUCCUGCAUCCUAUGUCAAGUUAUUGGGAAGUAGUAGCAACCGCAGCACACCUGUUUCUCAUAGGUAUCAAGACUCGCCCACAGAUCCUAAUAUUGAACGUGUGAUGGCUUUGUACCCUUACCAAGCACUCAAUGAGGAUGAGCUCAGUUUUGAGAAAGGGGAUGUCAUAACUGUUCUUGCUAAAGAAGAUGCUGCAUGGUGGAGGGGUGAGAUGAAUGGAGUAUCAGGCGUAUUCCCUAGCAACUAUGUUUCUCCAAUGUCGGGUGAUAUGAUACGUGAAGUCAUGUUGGGACUGCUUGAUGAGACUGAAAGAAAACGACAAGAGCAUAUCAAAGAAUUAAUCGCCACUGAGCAAGCAUACAUUGAAGAUAUGAGUCUUGUUCAUGAGGUAUUUGAAAAGCCCUUACUCCAGAGUAUGGUAUUGACGGUGGAUGAAGUUGAAAAGAUUUUCGUCAAUUGGCGGGAUAUUAUUGUGUGCAAUGAUAAUUUCUUAAGAACUUUAAGAAUACGACGAGAUAACAGCGACGGAGGAAUUAUCAGAAUGAUCGGUGACAUUUUAUGCGAAAAUAUCCCAAGAAUGUCAGCCUAUGUUAGAUUUUGUAGCUGUCAACUAUCAGCUGCAACAUACCUACAACAGCUUACUGAAAAGUCAUCAGAAUUUGUUGAGGUGGCCCUACAGUGUCAACAAGAUCCAAGAACUAAGGGGAUGCCAUUAAGUUCAUUCCUCAUCAAACCUAUGCAGAGGAUAACAAAGUAUCCACUUAUCAUCAAUAAGAUUCUCGAAUACACACCCAUCUCGCAUCCUGACAGACAAUACCUUCAAGAAGCAUUGGCAAAAGCAGAAGAAUUUUGUAUACAGGUAAAUGAAGGAGUAAGAGAAAAAGAAAAUAGCGAUAGGCUGGAAUGGUUACAAAAGCACGUUUCUUGCGAUGGAUUAGAAGAACAAUUAAUAUUCAACUCGUUAACUAACUCUCUUGAACCUCGUAAAUUUUUGCAUCAUGGAAUAUUACACAAAGCUAAAAGUGGUAAAGGACUUGUGGGAUUUCUCAUGAACGAUUUUAUAUUAUUUGCUCAACCAACAAAGUCAUUACCAUCGGGACAGCAAUUUUCAUUCGAGAGAAAUGCGAACCAAAAAUUCAAAUUAUACAAAAAACCCACAUUUCUGAGUGAGCUCUCAGUGCUAACUGAGUCAGAGGUGAAUGGAAAUGAUACAUCGGACAACUCCAGAACCAUCCGAUUGAAGGACUCUAAGAGAAUCACAGUUCUUUUAGCUCCAUCUGCAAGUGAAUGUACCCUUUGGACGAAACGAAUAAGAGAGGCUAGAAAGGCGUUCAUAGAGAACGAAAGAAAUCAUCUCCAACGUCAGCGAUCGAAACAGGCGCAGUUCGCCGCAUGUGGGCGCAUCCUUGUAACUGUUCUCGAAGGGUCGAGUAUCAAAACAUUAUCUGGAAAGUACAACACUUUUUGCAAAGUGGCCAUGGGAUCACAGGAAGAACGAACACAAGUUGUGACUGGAACAAACUGCCCGUUAUGGGAUACAUCCAUGCAGUUUCAAGUUAAGGAUUUGCACGAGGAUACAUUAUGUAUAACUGUAUUUGACAAGGGUUAUUACAGCCCUGAUGAGUUUCUUGGACGUGCCGAAGUACGAGUAUCAGAUAUAAUAAGAGAUAGCAGGGAUUCUUGCGGACCGAUUCAGAAAAGAAUAAAACUACAUGAAGUAGAAACGGGAGAUGUAAUAUUAAAGUUAGAUCUCCGCCUUUUCAAUAAUUAUGCUUAAGGAUACUUUGAGUAAAUAAAGCCAGCUAUGUUGGAUUGUUGGAAAUACAUGGCAUUAUAGGGAUAGUAAUAUAUUGUUAUGAUAAUAAAUAUAGUCUGUUUCACAUGCAGCGCGUAAUAUUACGCGUUUAAUGCCAGUAUUGAAUCUACGUACAUACGUAUGUCUGUAAUGUUGAGUUUAAAAUUGACUAUUUGAAAAAAUUUGUUAAAAAAAAACAAAGAAUGGUUUUCAGAACUACAAAUUUAGACAUUCUACAAACUGAUGUUGCUUUCAAUGAUUCGCCACAUCAGAUUAUUGGUACUAAUUAAAUUCACCCCUCUUGAUCGAGGAAGCUAAUCUUAUGGCUGCUGUUUUCAAAUCACCCUCCCGAAGCAUUCAUCUGUUGUAAGUCCACAUUAAUUACACUUCAUUAUCAUUUCAUCACCCCAUAAUACUCUCUUGAAUCGAAUCCAGUAUUCUUUGAACUGAGGAGAUACUCUUGAUAAGCUUUAAUUUGAGAUUUUUUCAUAUUUGAUAUAUUCAAAUAAAUCGUUAAGUAUAAAUAUAUUAUCUAACGCUAGCAUGAGCAUACAUUUGUUGAAUGUUGAAUAAAGAAGACUAAUUACAUGUAUACGUUCGUUGAUGCCUGUAUUGAUUUGACGAUUGCUUGAAUUCGUUAUUGUUGUAUCCAUAUUGAUAAACAAAAAAUACUGAAAUUCGUAUACUUACUAUUAAAUACGAUGAGAUCUCUACGUAUUCAGUAUUCCAGUUCAUCUACUAUUAUGAAGUUGUCCUAUUGCACAAAUUAAAUUUGCACAAAACAGUCUAGUACAACAAUCAUUAUAAGAUUAAUUAAGGAACGAGGAUUUUAAUUCUAAUAAGAUUAACACAUUCCGAAAUUGUCUCAUGAUUAAGAUAAAUGAGAAAAUUUUCAAUUCCAAAUUAAACCAAAAAUUAUUGUCAA